CCGAUGCGGAUGCUGAGACCGGCGGGGGCCCCGAAGGGAACCCAGACUUUCCCAUGGCCUCGCUGUACGUGGGAGACCUGCACCCUGAGGUGACCGAGGCAAUGCUGUAUGAGAAAUUCAGCCCAGCCGGGCCCAUCCUGUCCAUCCGCAUUUGCAGGGACAAGAUCACCCGCCGCUCCUUGGGAUACGCGUAUGUCAACUACCAGCAACCGGUGGACGCCAAGCGGGCCCUAGAGACCCUGAACUUUGAUGUCAUAAAGGGCAGGCCAGUGCGCAUCAUGUGGUCCCAGAGAGACCCGUCGCUCCGCAAGAGUGGGGUGGGCAACGUCUUCAUCAAGAACCUGGGCAAGACCAUCGACAACAAGGCGCUGUACAACAUCUUCUCGGCGUUCGGCAACAUCCUCUCCUGCAAAGUGGCCUGUGACGAAAAGGGUCCCAAGGGCUAUGGGUUCGUGCACUUCCAGAAGCAGGAGUCCGCCGAGCGGGCCAUCGAUGCGAUGAAUGGCAUGUUCCUGAACUACCGCAAAAUUUUCGUCGGGAGAUUCAAGUCGCACAAAGAACGAGAGGCCGAAAGGGGAGCCUGGGCCAGGCAGUCCACCAGUGCUGACGUCAAGGAUUUCGAGGACGACACCGACGAGGAGGCCACCUUGCGAUGAAGACAUCGUAGGAGCGGCCCAGCCAGCAGAGUCAAACCUUGGCUCCUACCCGGUUUACAACCCCCCCACCAUCCCACCCCCUAACCCACCAGCAGUGUAUUGUAUUGGGAGUGCAGGUCUCUCUCUGUCUCUGUCUCUCUUUCUCUCUCUCUCCCACCAUUCCUCCUUUUCUCCCUACCCUGCUCU